UUCAUUGAGUGUCCGCUCCGAAAAGAAAUCAAGAUGGCACAUGAGAUACAUUUAAAGAACAACAAAUACCGGCAGUGGGUUAAGGCUGGCCUAGGCUUGGGUUAUCUUAAAGAGGGACUUGCGCCAUUUUGUGAUGACAUAGGAAGACAGCAGCACAACGAUAUUAUAAACAAAAUACAACAAACAAAGACUCCUCAACCAAACAUACCAUGUGGCGCCUGUCAGAUAACAACUCUCCAGCCAGAUCAUGUCCGAGUCUCAAAAGGGAUAUGUCCCCUCAAUCAAGAUAAAUGUAACUGUUGUUUUCCUAAUAAUAAGAGACCCUGUCCAAACAAUGUAUGUGGUGCCAUCUAUGACAGCAUUAUACAGUAUCAUGCAUCAAUGCCACCAGUACCUUUUUGGAAAAACAGUGAUGCCCAACAGUGGUCGACAGACCCAUGGAACGUUUGCAAAUGUUUUAUAAAUGCUCCUGGGUACAAGGACAAGACAUCAGCAGUCGACACUGAUUGCACUGGGUUGCUUCAUGUUAUCAUAAAUAACAAGUACUUUCAUAGUCAUAUUGGAUGCAAUGUUACAGGACCAAACAAUCUUUUUUCAAAGGUACGGCAGUAUCGAAACGAAAUUUUUCACUCUAGCUCUAUGGAGUUAGAGGAGAGCAAGGCUAAUUGUUAUAUCGAUGACAUGAUAGCUGUUCUACAAGAUGGUAAAAGAACUUGUACAUCGACAAGAUGCACAACAAGCUGUCAGGAAACUUCAAGAUCUAAAGAAGAAGGAAUUCAUUAUUACCACUGAAGACUUUGAAGAAAUUCUGACACAAAUCAAAGAAGAAAUGAGAACAGAAAAUGCAGCAACCAAAGAGGAAUUUGAGGUGCUCACAAGUAAAUUAACUGAACUCAAAGCACAGAUGUCGGAAGCUGAGAAAGAACGUACAGAGUUAAAAAGAAGAUUUACUGUUCAUGAGACAGAACAGAAAGAGG